AUGGAGGAGUCGCUGGACGGCCGAGAGGCUGGUGCCGGCGCGGCGGGGUUCGAUUCGGCGGCAAUUUUAAAUGACGACGUGUCACCGACAACCAGCUUCUGUUACAACAUACCGAAUCUGUUUAAUGGUUUGGGUCCUGGAUCAGUUUUGUGCGAACGACCCGAGACUGAAGCCAGUGAUGCGUACGCAGCCAGCACUGAGCACACUGAAGACAACGCCGAAUCCCAGCAGUACGAGGAUGAUGAGGAAUAUUCACCUAACUCUAAUUCCAAAAGCGAUGUCCCGAAACGCAAGCAAAGGAGAUAUAGAACGACUUUUUCCAAUAUCCAACUUGAGCAAUUAGAGGCCGCGUUUCAUAAAACUCAUUACCCUGACGUGUUCUUCCGGGAGGAGUUAGCUAUGAGAAUAGAUCUAACAGAAGCCAGGGUACAGGUGUGGUUUCAAAAUCGACGAGCGAAGUGGCGAAAGCAACAGAAGGCUGGGUGCGACAGCUACCCAGGUCGAGGUGGAAGGUCUCCAGAUCCCAGAUCUCCAUCGGCAUUGGCAUUGGAGAUGAGAGAUUUUAUAACGAUACCAGUAUCUUCAUCACAAGUAAUUAAUUUGGCGGAAUCAUCAAAUCUUAAUAAUUACGGGUCCAAAGCUAAACAACCUGCACCCGCGAUUCACAUAUCGGCACUACCAACAAGGCAAAACUCUCAAAUAGACCUUCCCUCAUUUUCAAUACCAUUACAAUAUAACCUUGGAAGUUUUAAAAAGAUUGGCGAAGAUGUACAUUUGGAUCUGGAAGCAUCUACGUCUGAGAACGUUCAAGUGCAAAAUCAUUGGGACUCUAGAAUGUUAUCGGGUUAUAAUUUGAUGAAUAUAAAACCGCUUCUAGAGAGCCGUGAAGGUAUUGAUAUGUCCGAAUUGAAGUAUGAAGUUAAAAAUGAGAAUGUAAAUAGAAUUAAUUUCAACGAAGUCCCUGAUACAUCAAUACACAACACAAAUAUUGAAGCUGAAGAUAUUCUUGGUAAAGAAUCUGUGAAUGAAGGGCAGACUAUAUCACCGGACUUCGAAAUUGAGAGAUAUCAAAAUUAUAAUAGUGAAAGUGACAAAAGAUAUAGAGAAUCAACAUUCGAUGAGUCAGUAAUCGAGGAUGGAAGAAACGAUUUCGUUUGCGACAGUGACUUUCUUUGUAAGAGCAAUUAUGAGAAAGCAGACGAGAAACGUAGUGAAAUUCGAGGAGUGUCAUCUAUUAGACGC